AUGAGGGUGUCCGUGCCGGCGGCGGCCGCCGCCGCCCCCACGGCCGGCCGCGAGCCCUCGACGCCCGGCGGGGGCGGCGCGGGCGGAGGCGCGGUCGCUGCCGCCUCGGGCGCCGCGGUGCCGGGCUCGGUGCAGUUGGCGCUGAGCGUCCUGCACGCCCUGCUCUACGCGGCGCUCUUCGCCUUUGCCUACCUGCAACUGUGGCGGCUGCUCCUGUACCGCGAGCGGCGGCUGAGUUACCAGAGCCUCUGCCUCUUCCUCUGCCUGCUGUGGGCAGCGCUCCGGACCACCCUCUUCUCCGCCGCCUUCUCGCUCAGCGGCUCCCUGCCCCUGCUCCGGCCGCCCGCUCACCUGCACUUCUUCCCGCACUGGCUGCUCUACUGCUUCCCCUCCUGCCUCCAGUUCUCCACGCUCUGUCUGCUCAACCUCUACCUGGCGGAGGUUAUAUGUAAAGUCAGAUGUGCCACUGAACUAGACAAACACAGAAUUCUACUGCAUUUGGGCUUUAUAUUGGCAAGCCUUCUCUUUUUAGUAGUGAAUUUGACUUGUGCAAUGCUAGUCCAUGGAGAUGUCCCAGAAAAUCAGUUGAAAUGGACUGUGUUUGUUCGUGCAUUAAUUAAUGAUAGCCUAUUUAUUCUUUGUGCCAUUUCUUUAGUUAGUUACAUAUGCAAAAUAACAAAAAUGUCAUCAGCAAAUGUCUACCUCGAGUCAAAGGGUAUGUCUCUGUGCCAGACUGUUGUUGUAGGCUGUGUAGUCAUUCUUCUCUAUUCUUCAAGAGCAUGUUAUAAUUUGGUGGUGAUCACCAUAUCUCAGGACACAUUAGAAAGUCCGUUUAAUUAUGGCUGGGAUAAUCUUUCAGAUAAGGCUCAUGUAGAAGACAUAAGUGGAGAAGAGUAUAUAGUGUUUGGAAUGGUCCUCUUUCUGUGGGAACAUGUGCCAGCAUGGUCGGUGGUACUGUUUUUCCGGGCACAGAGAUUAAAUCAGAAUUUGGCACCUGCUGGCAUGAUAAAUAGUCACAGUUAUAGUUCCAGAGCUUACUUUUUCGACAAUCCAAGGCGAUAUGAUAGUGAUGAUGAUUUGCCAAGACUAGGAAGUUCAAGAGAAGGAAGUUUAUCAAAUUCGCAAGGUUUGGGCUGGUAUGGCACUAUCACUGGGUGUGGCAGCAGCAGUUACACAGUCUCUCCUCACUUGAACGGACCUCUGACAGAUACUGCUCCUUUGCUCUUUACUUGUAGUAAUUUAGAUAUGAACAAUCACCAUAGCUUAUACGUAACGCCACAAAACUGACAGCGUUACCAAGUUGUGAUUCUUUUAUUGUUUUUCACGAAUGUGUAUAUUCAACAUGUUUAAAUUCCAUCCACAUAAACAUUCCUUCAUCUGUUACAACUGAAAAUAAAACCUGGAAAUGUGGCUGUGUUCAACAGAGGACCCAGCUGUUACUUGUGACCUCUUCAUAGUGAAAUGAAAAGUUUGGAGUGGAAGGGCUGUGGGGUUAGAACUUAAGGCUCCUGAAGGUCUCCAGAUAUCCUGAUUUUGGAACAUCAAAUGUAUAUUUGCCUAAUUGCACUUUUAUCUUUGUUUUGAAAGAGUACACUGCAGUCCCCAAAGUCAUACUCCAGUGUUACACUGGGAUAUUAUACUGUACACCAAAUUAGGAGGCAAUUUUCCUGUGAAAAUUAAAGCCUGUAUAUUCAGUGGUGUACUCUAUGUGGAAUUCUUAUCCAAUAAAAAUUUUUAGUGUGAACAGUGCACACAAUCAAGGUAUAAAAAUGCAUCAUUCUUUUUAAAAAUCUAAUUAAAAAUACAUAAUCAUGGAGGAGUUCUUUUAAGCAUGACUGUAAAGUACCAAAUGAAAAUAUUCAAACAAUCAUUUUAAACAAUUGUCAGUAGUAACUUUUACAGUGAUGACCAGCAGUGUUCUUUGGAAAGUCACAGUCAUUUCUUCAAUAGGAAAGUAUACUACUAAAAAUUAUGUGGCUACUUGGAGUAGAAUCAGUUGUGAUUAUUUUGUAUAAGUCAGAUAUAUGUAGUAGUUUAAGCAUGAUUCUUUAAGAAAGCAAUAGUGGUUUUUGCAUAGGGAGAUUUUGGUAGAAACUUCUUGGGACUAAACAGUUUACAGAUGCAUUUAUGAAUUAUUCAUAAAAUGUACAAUCCUAAAUUAAAACAUCAUUUCAAAAAGCCUUCAAUUUAGCUGAAACAAGGUACAACUGAUCUUACCUACUGAAUCAGGAUUGUCCUCAGGUAAAUGUUUAAAUCAUUCAUUAUUUCAGCAAACUCAAGUGCAAUACUUUGUAAGAUGUAAUUCCUCCCUUAGUUUUCACAUAUUUUUUAUCUUGUCUAUGGGCAAAGUCAAAUUAUAUUCAUAUAAAUUCCAGCACUUGAUUAAAUGGGCAAAUUUAAGUAAAGGUACUAACUAGGUCAGUAUAAAACCAGUGGUUAAUAAUAUUGGAAUACUUUUUAAAUUACAUUAAAACUGCCUUGAAUGUCUUUUCCCAAAUCCAAAAAAAAAUAACUAAAUAUGCCAGCCUAAGGUAAUAGCAGAAUUUAAAAUGCACUUUCAACCAGUGUCUAUAUGGAGUGAAGUAGAUGCUGAAUACCUCAAGAUGCCAAGGGAAUAUUUGGAAACUUGUCACCAUGUGCUUAAAAAUGACCAAUUGUAUACAAUUGUCUGCUGAUCUGUUUCUUCAGAACUGGAACUAAUACAACUGUUUUUUGGUAUUCUGCUUUGAUUAGAAAGUUGUUUUACUUCCCUCAUACUUAAAAUACUUUUCAGUUGUUAAAAAAAUGAUGCAAUAACUUCACAAAAGUAUAAACAAGUACAGGAAACCCCAAGGAAUAAAUUUUAUAUACUAUUGAUCUUUUGGGAAGCUGGCGCACAGAUGAAAUGUCUUCAUUUUAUCGUAUAAAAUGACUUUGGAUUCAAUCAGAAGUACAAACUCAUGUUACUUUGGGUUUGUUAAAGAUAAAUUUUCAUUGUAACCAACUAUCUGAAAAGUUGUAUUACAGAAAGUUAGCCUUGGUAUUAUGACAACACAAUGAGCACUUGAGUAUAUUUUGAUUACAAGUUAUUAGAUUUCAUUUCAGAAUGCCAGCUAUUAAUUUUCCUAAUGUUAAGUAUUGAAUUAUCUGAAGAAAUCUGUGUUGUCUUGACUAAUCUUUGGGGUUCAAAGUGAUAAAUAUUUUCAAAGUGAUAAUUGUUCCUAUUUGAACAGGUAAGCAAAGAUUACUUGUAAAAAAUAUUUCAGAGAAAAUAACUUGCUUCUUACAGCUGUAUUAGUUGAUUCUUCCAAAUUUGAAAUUAAUCACUUUAUUCUAAUCACUGACUACGGUACCUGAAUUCUUGCAUUUUCUUCUUAGACAUAUGACCCACAAUACAUCACCAAAGACAAUGAUUAAGCUUCUGGCCCAAUUUUUGCUUAAAAAUUCCAAAGCACUAGGAGCACUUUAAGUUUGGUCUCGAAAGAAGUAGUUGUUUGUAAAAUCAAAGGGCUACCGAUUCCCUGUUCAUCCUGCACUGAAGCACAUGAUGACAAUUUCAAACUUUGCUUUUUUGUUCAUUAUUUAGAACAGUGAAUUUCAUUGCUUAAAUGUGUAAUUUUACAGUGAUCAGCAGUACUUGUUUUUAUCGUUUCAUUUGGGUGGCCAAUAAUUUUGAAACUCUUACCACCCAUUAUAGCUGGUUGUAGUUUUAUGAAAGAUGUAAUUUAUAGCUGAAGUGGCUUUUUUAUGCAUAGCUGCCUUUUUUAUUGUUUAACAGUGUUUCUCAGCUAUAUAAUCAGUUUCAAACUGGUUGUAAAGUAUAGCUGCAGCCAAUGAAUGUAUUUAUUUGUUGUUUCACUAAACCGUAACAAAACACUACUGUUAAAAAUAAAAGUGUUUGUGCUUUUAUUUGGA